AUGGAGAAUUAUUUUAAUAAUUUAAAAGUAUGUGAUUGGGAAAGUAUACAUACAAAACAAUGGUUAUUGGAUUUACAAAAAAGUAUUAAAGUUGAUAACCAUGUUUUAGAUAUGAUUGGUUCUUUAAAUGGUAAAUUUUUAUUAUCAAUGGAAAAAGAAACUUUUAAAUAUUUCGACAAAAUCAAUGGUGAAUUAUUAUAUGAUUCAAUUCAAAACUUUAUACCAUUCCAUACCGAAUAUAUCAAAGAAGCAAAUUAUUAUAAAAAAUUUAGUUUUAAAAUGGUUGGAUUCAAUAUAAAAAAUAUUAAAGAAAAGGGUCAAAAUAUUGAUAAAAUUAAAGAAUUAUAUUUUAAAUUAGUAAAUUCAAAAAGUGGAGGAAAAAGAAUAAUUAUAAGUGAUAAUAAAUUAGACACAAAAUCAAUUGGUAAAUAUUUAUAUAACUUAUAUCAGACUGAUAAUAGACCAGUAUUAUAUAUAAAUUGUAAAGGCGAUUUCGAAUGUACAAAUAAAAAUCUUGAGAAAUCUUUACAAUCAUUAUCAACAAUUGAAACAAAUCAAAGAUUAGCAUUACCAUCAGGUAAAAGAUACCUUUCAAAAUUAAUUAUUGGUUUAUUAGAAAACAAUAUAAGUGUAAUUUUAAAUGAAUUUCAUCAAUUAGAUAAUAUACCAAAUAUGAUGGGUUAUUUUCAACAAGAUUUCGAUAGUAUAGGUGCAUCAGUACAAAAUGGUACUCUUUUUGUACUAAGCUCUGAUGAAAAAAAGAUGACCCAUUUAUUUUCAAGUGCAAGACCAUUAAUUUCAUUUUCUAAAAUUUCCAUUGUGUCCAAACAACACGAGACCUACCUUCAUGGUGGUUUUCAAUAUUUAAUUAUCUAA